UGUUUUGAUAAAUUCCCUUCAGAUCGCUUUCUGUGCUCUUUAUCCACGCAACCUAAAUUCUCGCGUUUCGCGAAUCCGAACAAAAAAACAAAAAUCGGUAACGCGAAUUCCGUCCUCCCGUCCGAGUUUGCGCAGCUUCCGCGACUCGCUCGCUAGUGUGUGGUUUGGCUGGAUUUUCCCGUCGUUCCGAUUUAGUGCGAUUUUCCUCGUAUUUCAACGCGCACGCACACACAUCCGUUCGCUCGCGGUCGUCGUCUCGCGUAUUACCCGCGUGUUGUGUCCCGAACUCGUGGCGAAACCGUGAGACCAACGGGAAGCGCUGGUGGUCGGUCGCUUUUGUGUUGCUGCCUGUCCUCUGGAUAUUGCCUGCCUUUCCCCCUUCCGCCUGGGAAACGGAAUUUCGCGACCGAAAAUUGUGCUCAUUUGUGCUCCUAUCCGAAAUGGUGGUGUUUCGUUGGCUGCGGUCCUAUCACGUCGGUGCGAUUGUUGUUUCCUAGUGGGCCAUGUAGCAAUAAAAAAAGAAGGUGCUUCAACGCGAUUUAGAUUCCUGUGUGUGGUGCAGAGUGAGUUGCUGGUGCACUGGUGUGUGAGUAGUGAUUGUGUCGAAAUAGGUUUUUGUGUGAGGAAGGUGUUGGCCGUUCGGUGAAAGUGCGUCCGCUAGCGUGGCACUAAAGUGAAGUUUUCCCCCCUUCCCCCCUUUUCGUCAUUGUUAAUCCUACACCCGACCCCUCGCACUGCUCCCCCACUCACCACCCCACUUGUCUAGUGUGGUUUCGCCAUCGGAAUACAGCGUAGUGUGGAGCGUGCGCGCGUACGAGUGUGUGAGUGCAUGUGCUAAACCACGGCCCUAGACUUCCUCCAGGUGGAUUGCAGUGGGAGCGGCCUUGCCAGUGAAAAUUGUGUGCUACUAAGUCAACCGAACCCCCAGCAGCGGCGAAGAAAAGUUUACUACCUAGCAACGUGAAGUUUUCCACCCGGCCCGGCGAACCAAGGAGGAUCCGAGGAGGCAUUUUUGUGCGCUGGUCGGUUGCUACAAUACAAUGGUCAACAUUAACAGAGGACCGGCUGGCAACGGAAACGAUAAGCAGCAAAGCGGUGGAAAUUCCGACACACCGACGUACCCGCAGUACCUGCACGAGCUGCCCCAGGCGGACGAGGAACGGCUGGAGAAAAUCUUCAAAAAGCUCGAUCGUGACGGGAACGAUCGAAUCGAUAUUCAUGAUCUGUCAGCGGCACUGAAGGAGUUUGGCCUGUCGCACCAGUACGCCGAGGAGUAUGGACAUUCGUUGUUUUUUCAGCGCUUCCUAAAGCAAUCGGACCAGAAUCAGAGCGGCGAUGUCGGGCUGGCGGAGUUUAUACAUUACGUGCGAGAGCACGAAAAAAAUCUACGCUUACAGUUUACACACCUGGACAAGAACCAGGACGGUAAGGUCGACCUGGAGGAGCUGAUAACGGCCUUCAAGGAGCUCGGCAUCGAGAUGGAUCGGCACGAGGCGGCGAAGCUACUUAAGCGCAUGGAUAAGGAUGGCAGUCUGAACAUCAGUUACGACGAGUGGAGAGACUUCCUGCUGCUUGCGCCGUCUUCGGACAUACACGAACUGGUGAAAUACUGGCGGCAUUCGACUAAUCUCAGGUACAAUGAAGCGUACCUGAUGGCUAUUGGUCGGUACCACCAACAGGCCGUUGCGAACGAAAAUCCAACGUCGGACGUCGAACCGACACCGGACAACAACAGGACCUUACAUCCGGUGCUCGGCCUGAUCGAUGUCGAACAGGCGCUCGAGCACGUAACGGAUCUGCUUUUGAACCCACCGACGAACCUCUCCUACAACUCCACCACCAACAAUGGCGGCGCGUCCUCGCACCUGCUGGUGGAUGGUAAGUACUUGGAUAUCGGUGAGGAUCUAAACGUACCUGAUGACUUCACACAGAGCGAAAUGCAGACCGGUAUGUGGUGGCGCCAUCUGGCGGCCGGUGGAGUUGCUGGUGCAGUGUCGCGCACGUGCACGGCCCCGCUAGAUCGGUUGAAAGUUUUCCUACAGGUUCAAGCAUCCAAACAAAGAAUCUCAGAUUGUCUACAGUACAUGCUGAAGGAGGGCGGUGUGCGGAGCCUUUGGCGUGGCAAUUUCAUCAACGUGCUUAAAAUCGCCCCCGAAAGCGCCAUCAAGUUUGCGGCGUAUGAGCAGGUGAAGCGGUUGAUCCGCGGCAACGACAAGCGGCAGAUGACGAUCUACGAGCGGUUCGUGGCGGGUGCGUGUGCGGGCGGCGUCAGCCAGACGGCAAUCUAUCCGAUGGAAGUAUUAAAAACUCGACUAGCGUUAAGAAAGACGGGCGAGUACAGCAGCAUCCUGGAUGCGGCGUCGAAGAUCUACCGGCGGGAAGGUUUGCGCUCGUUCUACCGUGGCUACAUUCCAAACAUGCUCGGCAUCAUCCCGUACGCCGGUAUCGAUCUGGCGGUGUACGAAACGCUGAAGAAGAAGUACCUUAGCCACCAUGAGACGGAGCAGCCGAGCUUCUGGCUGCUGCUGGCGUGCGGCAGUGCGUCCAGCACGCUCGGGCAGGUGUGUUCGUACCCGUUGGCGUUGGUGCGGACGCGAUUACAAGCGCAAGCGGUCACAAUCGGUCCGAACCCGGACGGUAGCGUGUCGGUGGAACCGAACAUGACGAACGUAUUUAAGCGAAUAAUACAAACGGAAGGUCCGGUCGGUCUGUACCGCGGCAUCACGCCCAACUUCAUCAAAGUAUUACCGGCCGUCUCGAUCAGCUACGUCGUUUACGAGUACACAAGCCGCGCUCUCGGCGUCAACAUGACGUGAUCUGUGCCGGUGGGUAAAACUACAGCCCCGUUUGCUGGGUGGCCUCGCCCCGAGGCUUCACAUCCAACAGCAUCAUCAUCAACAAACAACAGCAACCGCUGCCGUCAUUCCGCCGCGUCCGGGGAUCUGGACCACAUUCGGGCCAUCGUUUUUGCCCUUUUGCCUCCAACAAUCUGCUUGCUAGUACUACUACUGCUACUACUACACAAGUUACGAUACACCGAAAAUACACGACACACCUGUUGUCCACAGCCAAAUGGAAAAAAAAACCGAUGGAGGCUCUCUCACACACGCACGCACGACCCACUGCUGUUGUUAGUCUCUUUUGAUUGUUGCAUCGGGCGUGUUGCAUUUCCGCGUAGCCAAGAGAGCAAAACGAAACGAAUUAAAAGAAGAAGAAAAAACACCAAAACCACCCCCUUAAAUGUGGAUCGUGUUGUUGUUGUUCGUGUUGGCCAGAACAAAUAGAGAGCAGCAAAGUCGUGUCUGUCGGGGCUUCAAAAACAAAUAUCCUUUUACGCGCUUCCCGGGGUGUGAUAAACCAUUGCGGUGGAAGCUGGUGUAGUCGGAGGAGUAAAAAAACCCGGAGGCCAAGCAGGGGAGGGGUCAUGUGGCGUGCGUCAGUCAGUUCUGGGAUAAUGCAGGCGGGUGUGGGUGUGUGCGUUAGCUAGAUAGACACGCGCGAAUGCGGUGGGAUUAAAUUAAAUUAUUUCUCUUAUUUUUAAUAGUAGCCAAUUUUCAAAUUAUUUUCCAACCCCAUUUCACACAAAAUUAUUUAUCCAUUCUUAUUAAAACCAAACCGAUGAUGGAGAGGAGAGGCACGGGAAAUGGUAUUUAAGUUUGUGUGUAAGCAACGCCUUGAUGCGUCGCCUAACCGGAAGGACACAACAAGACACACACCUCGUUCGUUCCUUAUUAGCAGGAUUGCCACAGACCAUUAGCCAGAGCCCGAUGCUAGGUUAGGAGACUAUUUUCGCUUCUUUGGUACCUAGUAGUAGUGUGUAGUGGACGCGCUAGUUAGGACCUGUUCAAACAAUCAAAGAAAGUGGCUCUCUCUCUCACUCUCUCACUAUUCAUUCACCAUUUUCAUACCAUUUCCUGUUGCCCUUAUCAUUGCCAUUUGUCUACUUUAUUCUGUUUCUGCAACGGAAUAAUUACGCUUUAAAUGGGAAAUGGAAAAAAGAGGCAUUCUGCGCGCAAAAACGAGGAGAUACAGAGUGAAGAAAAACUGCUAGGAACAAAAUGGCGUGCAAAAUAUGGUCGUAAAGAAGGAGGAAAACAACACAUCCAUACAUACACACACACCAGCUACUACUACUAGUAAUGGAAAGACUUUUACAAUUUUAAAUUAUUUAUUAACCACAAAGCAAAAGAGUAACACAGUAUACCGUUUAAAAACAGAAUGAAUCGAAAAGAAAACGAAAUAUUACAAUAGAACAAAUAAUACUAUCGAAAAAAAUGAAAUGGAAAAGUGAUCGUGUAAGUGUGUGGUUGUGUGUUCUCACGUACGGUAAAAUGGAAGUUGAGAAAAUGGUUUCAUCUAUCAUUUACCACAUUCUGUUGCGUCGUUACUUUUCUUUUUCCCACCUUCAAUACCUCAUUACUCAAUUAUCCGUAUAUCGCACAAAAUAUGUAUCUUGCUUUUGGUUUUCUACUGAAUUGUAUUGAGUUUUGUAUGAUUUCGUGUCACUUAUAGCGGUUUGUACAUUACCUAGCACAACACAUAAUCGAGCGGCCAAUGUAUCGGAAUCAGGGCACGGAUUGCUUAGUAGAGAAUGCGAGAGCGAGAAGACUAGAAAAUGGGAAACGAGCUGUGUGGUCGGAAAGGAUAAUCGACGUCAAACAUGCACUGGAACACACGAACUCUAUUCGUCAGCAGAGCGUAAUGCGAUAAUGCAACUUAUUUCUCCUGUGAUCAUGGAUGUUAAACUUAAACAUAUACUGAGAAGGAAAAAACACUAGAUUAAAGCCUUUAACGAUGAAAACGAAAAUCUACUACUGAGAAACGAUCCGAGGAACCCGACCGAUUGCUGGUGUGCAGGCAGCCAACCAAAGCGGGGGACCGUUUACGAAUUAAUAUAUAUAAUCGCAAUAAUGCAAUGAAUGCAAUGAGCCAUCGUUACGAACAACUACACCGUCUACAAAAUGGAGCCCCUUUCUGGUUAGUAGUACCUAGGGAACACAUGCCACGUCGCUGUCGCACAGGGUAGCCGGAAGAAACGCAACAAAGAACGCUAGCAACACCGGGCGAGCAGGAUAAAGUUUAGUUUAGCUAGGAUAUGAUGAUUUUGAAUUUUGAAAGGAAAAAGAAAGGAAGAAGCGUGGCGUGUGAUUGCGAGCGGUGGCGACGUUUCAAAAAAGUUUACAACUUUUUUUGUGUGUCUGUGUGUGUGUGUGUUUGUUACCAGUGACGUGAUAUAUAGAGGAAAAUUGUUUGUUUUUUUUUCGGUUUGUUCCAACUUUACUCAUGAACAACAUAAACAACACGAGUUCGUACCAGGGCUGAUGUUCGAUGAUGGAGCGCCCUCCAAUUCGCAAAACUGAAAUACUUUCACCAACAAAUUGUACUGCGCAUAGUUAACAUCGCUCGUGCGAUUAUUUAAAGGAAAACUAAAAAAACUUGAUAACUCAGAAAAACCCCCUCUGCUCUUUCUUUCGCUCUGAAAUGGCUUCUAAAACACAUACACAAGACAAACACAUUGAAAUAGAGAAUUUUUACAAACCUUCCCAGUAAAAA